UCUAAUCAUUCAGGGAAAAACCCACCGACGAAACGCGGGUCGGACCACUGACCAGUCACUUCUCCUACUCGCUCCAGUUCUCCUCUCUCUCUCUCUCUCUCUCUCUCUCUCUCACACACACACACAGAGCUCAAAUCCAGAGUACAAAUAAAAGCCCUAGGUAUCUGUUGCCGAUCACACAGACGUAUAAUCACGGCAAUUACAACAUAUUUCUGUAACAUAUCGAUAAACAGUGAUAUCUAUAGGGUAUAGAUACCGUCGCCGGAAUUUACAUAGAUCUAUUCAGGGAAUUCUUAUGGCGAUGGCGGUUAGGGGUGGACGAAUCGCUCCCGGCGGCGGAUCCGGACUCCGUAAUUUCUUCAGCUACCGAAUAUUCGUAUCCGCCAUGUUAACACUCCUGUUCCUUGCUACUUUCUCCGUUCUAUUCUCCUCGCAACCCUCCCACCCCGACUCCUCCGAUCCUUUGAAGACUAGGUUAGAUUUGAUAUAUAAUCAAGCAAAUAAUCACAUUGCCCUAGUGAAUGCUUAUUCCUCAUAUGCUAGGAGGCUCAAGAUUGAGAUCUCUAGGCAGCUUAAGAUGUUUGACAAUUUGGCUAAGAAUUUCUCAGACCUUCAACUGAAAGAGACCUACCGCAAAGUGUUAUUUGAAUCUGAUGGACCAGUGGAUGAGGAUGUGUUGAGGCAGUUCGAGAAGGAAGUUAAGGAUAAAGUCAAGAUUGCUAGGUUAAUGAUUGUUGAGUCCAAGGAAUCCUAUGACAAUCAGUUUAAGAUUCAGAAAUUGAAGGAUACGAUUUUUGCGGUCAAUGAGUUGCUUUUGAAGGCCAAGAAGAGUGGUGCAUUUACCAGCAUGAUUGCGGCAAAAUCUACUCCAAAGAGUUUGCAUUGUCUUGCAAUGCGUCUCAUGGAGGAGAGAAUAGCUCAUCCUGAAAAGUACAUUGACGAUGAGCCCAAGACUGAGUUCGAGGACCCAAGGUUAUACCAUUAUGCUAUAUUUUCUGAUAAUGUGAUUGCAAUUUCCGUGGUAGUGAACUCCAUUGUCAAGAAUGCAGAGGAGCCAUGGAAGCAUGUUAUCCAUAUUGUUACUGAUAGGAUGAAUCUAGCUGCGACGAAGGUUUGGUUUAGGAUGAGACCAGUACAAGGGCGAGCCCAUAUUGAGAUCAAAUCAGUGGAUGAAUUCAAGUUCUUGGAUUCCUCAUAUGCACCAGUGUUCAAGCAGCUCAAAUCUGUGAGUUUACGGAAAUUUUACUUUGAGAACAGGGCUGAGAAUGCCACGAAAGAUGUGAACAACAUGAAGUAUAGAAACCCCAAGUACUUAUCAAUGCUGAAUCACCUUCGGUUCUACUUGCCUGAAAUGUAUCCAAAUCUACGCAAGAUUUUGUUUCUGGAUGAUGAUACUGUAGUUCAGAAGGAUUUGACUUCCUUAUGGAGCGUGGACAUGGAUGGAAAAGUAAAUGGAGCAGUUGAUACCUGCUUUGGGUCUUUCCGUCGCUAUGCUGAAUAUUUGAACUUUUCUCACCCCCUCGUUAAGGAGAAGUUCAAUCCACGGGCUUGUGCAUGGGCAUUUGGCAUGAAUAUGUUUGACCUUGAUGCUUGGCGGCAACAGAAAUGCACUGAGCAAUACCAUUAUUGGCAGGAAUUGAACGAGGAUCGAAUGCUAUGGCAGUUAGGGACACUACCAGCUGGGCUUGUUACUUUCUACUCAUCGACCAAGUUAUUGGACAAAUCAUGGCACGUUUUUGGCCUUGGGAUCAACCCAAGUAUUAGCAUGGACGACAUUAAUAGGGCUGCUGUCAUCCAUUUCAGUGGAGACAUGAAACCUUGGCUGGAUAUUGCUAUGAACAAUUACAAGCAUCUCUGGACUAAAUACGUUGAUAAUGAGAUGGAAUUUGUGCAGAUGUGCAAUUUUGGGAUGUAAAUUAAUUAUCACAUCCUUAACCACGACAAGUCGAGGUAACCCAAUUUAAAAAAAGAAAAAAAAAAAAAAAUCAUGUCACAGUCAUCUACUAAACUUCAUCACUUUUGUUAUCAUUGUAAGUUCGAGAGCGAAGCUCAAGAGCUAUCUUCUCCACUGAAAUUUUGUUGUUUUGUUAGGCAUUUUUUUUUUAUUUUUUUUAUUUUGUUACCUCGACAUGGUUUGAACUUGAGCAAGUGGUAAAGAUCGUCUGUGAUAAUCGUGGCAUCGUGUUUUAGCCGUCAGAACUCUCAGCCAAAUGGAUUUUAACAUUGGGUAGCUACUAUGGAGAUGGGGAGGAUUUGUGGCAAUGGAAUGUAUAUUUAUGUUUGUUGAUUGAUUUCGACCAAACUUGGGGCAUCUAUUUUUCGAACGAACUGCAAAUCCACCACUC